AUGCAGAAGAACAAGUGGGAUUUCUUUGUAUUCCUAGUUUUAGAAGUAUUGGCUAUGUCAAUUGCCGGCGCAGUUGCUCUUGCAAGAGUCCUGGGUGAUCCAGCUGCACCGGCCUCUUUUGGUGCUUGGUUGAAACAUGCUUGGAGCCAUCAUACUGGUGCUAUGUCAUUUCUCAUAGCUGAGUUUUUCCUCUUUUUAGGUGUUGCAGCAUUGACGGCUUUGCAAGCAUAUCAGAUUUCUCGUAAUAUUACCACUAACGAGAGGGAGAACUCUUCGCGCUAUAGCUACCUCAGGGACCCGGGUGGCAGAUUUCGAAACCCCUAUGACCGUGGGUUUAGGAAGAAUUGUGCAGAUUUUUUCCUCAAAGGAUACGAUGAAGAUGUGGGACAUAUUGGAGACUGGACUGAUUCCGAGGGCAUUGGCAUGACGGUUAUGGCAAGGAGAUCAGAUCAAGAAUAUGAUGAGUAGAUGGGAAUCUGAAAAAAAAA